AUGCCUGCCAGACUCUUCGUUGGUAACCUUUCGUGGUCCGUCGAUGACGGUGCCCUCCACCAGGCUUUCUCCCAGUACGGCAACGUCGUCAAGGCUCACGUCCUCAAGGACCGCGAGACUGGCCGCAGCCGUGGCUUCGGCUUCGUCGAGUUCGAGCAGGAGGCCGACGCUGAGAACGCCAUCAACGGCCUCAACGAGCAGGACCUGAACGGCCGCAACAUCCGUGUCAGCCACGCCAAGCCCCAGAACCACUAA